AUGCGCGGACGGCUCGCUUUGUUUUUAGUCGUGUUUCUGCUGGGCGGGGAGUAUACCUGCGGUCAGUGCGUCGACGAAUCACCUAUGCCUCCGAUUGUACCACCCACGACCUGGACAGCAUGGUACAACGCUGACGAUCCGACUGAUGGUACGGAUGACGAAACACUCGCAGCAGUCAGAGCGGUGCAUCCCUCAAUCUGCGCCACUCCCACCCAAGCCGACUGCCGGCUUCGAUUCCUGCACACCGAUCACGUGACUGCUGCCCAGACGCUGUCCACUGGCUGUUCUCCUACCGGAGGGUUGUUGUGCCGAGAUGCUGACCAAGCCGGCUUCGUGAGAUGCCUGGACUACGAAGUCCGAUUCCUGUGCCCGACCCCUGUCGAUGCCCUUCCCGAGCCACAUUUUCACUGGGACAUGAGCACUAAGGCAUCGAUUGACGCAGAUGAACCUGUGACCUGUGGUGGCGCUCUCUCGUCCAUCUACCCUAAUACUGGUGGCAUGACGGGAACCGUCGGUGGCGUCCUUACUGCCACCGACAGUUUCGACUCGUCUGAUCAUCUGUGUGCCGUCAGGAACCAGAAGUCGGGCUGGGUGGAUUACGGCUCUGGAAACGACAAGUGCAUCGCGGAGCCCGCCUGCUGCACCUCGGGGUUUACCGUAACAUUUUGGAUGAGGAAUAGAACGCCCGCGGGCUUGGGUUACAUUUCUAUUAUACUUUCCACUGGUGGUCAAGCUUCGAAGGCAAGGGGAUUACUACUUUAUGCUGUCGACUAUUUUGCUUUGGAUGUUCGUGGAUUCCCCUCCUCGGCUUCGGUUUUUAAACUUUGGGUCAACGGCUACUAUCCAGGUGAUCAGUGGACUCAUCAUUCCUUCACCUUCGAGCCAGCAGUCGGAACAAAGUACUACAAGAACGGCACCUUUGUUGACUCUACCAACGUAACUUUUAAUGAGGGUCCCGGUACUUCGCACUUCGACAACGUCGUCAUGUUUUCGAGAAACAACAAUCCAAGUACGUGGCCGUUUGCGAAAAUCGAUGGAGACUUCAGCAAUUUCAAAAUGUUUUACAAAUACUUCAGCGGUACAGAAGUGCAAAACGAAUAUCUUCAAGAAACCUCGGAAUCGAAGCUACUCAUCCACUACCUGAGGAAGCACAGUCACGAGGACAGCUUUGGAGUCGAGUUGGAGUGCCUGGCCAAGGCCGGCAGUCCGCCGGCAAUCGCCUGGCAUCGCUCGGACGACGGUACCUACUUCGAGUCGGUUUCUCCCUCGGUGGAUGUGGCCAUCUACGAGAGUUUGCCCAACAGCUACAGGAGACGAUCCGUCUUGGUGGUUCGCCAUCUCACCUUGGCAUCUGACGUCGUUUUCGUGUGUGAGGCAGUAGAUACUGCCCGUGGAGGACAUGUGUCCAAGGCGAUAACCAUUCCCAAACGUGCCAUGUUCUGGACGCCGUGGCUGAGCGCUGAUAGCCCAUUGGAUGGGGAUGACAGAGAAACGCUGAUCCAGCAUCAACAGGCAUAUGAUCUUCCCUGCAAAUACCCCAGCGACAUCCAGUGCCGUACAGUUUAUGACGGCAUCUCGUCCAAUGAGACUGGGCAGAUACUGAACAUCAACUGCACGUUGUCCUCCGGGUUGGAGUGCUUGGGUGCCGAUCAGGGCGCAGAACAUGACAACUCAUGCUUUGACUACAAGGUUCGCUACCAGUGCCCUGAACCUCACUAUCGUUGGACGCCAUGGUAUGAUGCCUCGGACCCCGAUGGAACUAUGGAAGAUGAGACGCUGGCUACUCACAUGACUCAGGCGUACCCUGAUCUGUGCAGCCAGCCCAUAGGUGCAGAGUGUCGCCUUAAGGCCACCCAACAAGACCUCAUAGCCAGCGGGUACAUUCCUGAGGUUCCCUAUCUGUGUAACGCGAAUGGAUUCCGCUGUCAGCAUGCGGAUAACACCGGAUCCUGCCCGGACUUCGAGGUGCGCUACAGGUGCCCAGAGACGGAAGCCACAGAUAUUGGCAUCGACUAUCUCCGACCACUGCACUCCCCAAGCGACACAAUCGUUCGGCUGGAGUGUAGCGCCACCCCCGGUCAACCCACGCCACCCGGUUUCAACCUAGAGUGGGCGUGGUUGGAUCGCACACGUCCCUCUGCGGCUGUUACGUUUACAGAGGGUCCAACCGUCGACAUCUUGGUCAAUGCAUCUCAUCCCAACCACUGGUCGUCUGUCUUGACGAUUGUCGACUUCGCUUAUACUGAAUAUUCAAGCAAAACUCUGGUGUGUCUUGCACGGGACGGCAUAGUUCUUGCUGUUGAGACUAUACUGCCACUUUUCGGUAAGCUUGACGCCAUCUGUAGUAGUGCUGACGCACAUCUGUUCACUCCCCGAAACUUGUUUUUGAGUAUCAUGAUUCCCCUCUUUGUAUCCCGCUAA